AUGGUGUAUCAAGAAAUAUGUAAAUAUUUUGAACAAAUUUCUUAUCAUUUUAAAUAUGAAAAUGGACCAAUUACACAAGUUAGAAUUCAAUUAGUACAUUUAUUACUUUCAUUAACAUUAUCUAAUUAUUCAUAUAUAUAUAAUCUUAUUAUUAAAUAUAAAUUAAUGAAUAUAUUACUUGAUAUAUUUUUUAAUUUUAAUCAUAACUGUACUAUAUUCAGACAAAUAGCAUUUGAUAUUAUUAGUUUUAUUAUUAAUCAAUCAGUUGAACCUUUAAAAUCUACAUUACUUGAAAUUGGUUUAUUAAAACGACUUGUUGAAGAAGACAAAAAAUCUAUUCAAUUUAAAAAUCAAUUUAAUUAUUAUCCAGAUCACCAUUCAUUAACAAUUAUUUUAAUGAGUAAUAUUCAUCUUGUUGCAGAAGAUGACCCAAGUGAUGAAACUCAUAAUGAUUUAUUUAUGAGCCAAUUUGAAGAGUAUUAUAAUAAACAUAUUUUACCUAGAGAAACUAUUUUAACAAAUCAUUAUCUUUGUGAAAUAAUACCAGGAGAUUCUAAAGAAAAUGAAGGAUAUAUUUUUGAUUUUUUUGACGAUGAAAUGUAA